CAUGCGCCGUUUACCUUCCACUGUUCACGGCGGGCAGGCGCGGUGAACGUCCGGCCCGGUAGUUUGUGAAUCUCGGUUCGCACUCGCGCAGCCCUAUAUCUAGCGGGAAGGAGCUGUUGUCCGAGCUGUGCAUUCGCGUCAGUCGCUGGGCAGGGCUCGAGAGGCGUGAUUUCAUGUGGUGCGUUCGUCACCCCAGUUGUUCCCGUUACCGCUACUGCCUUCGGAUCAACAGUAGUUAGGAAGAAUGACGACUCCAAGUAAGACACCCCCUGGAGAUGACCCAAAGCAGCUGGAACGAACUGGUACAGUGCGAGAGAUUGGUUCACAGGCUGUCUGGUCCUUGUCUUCUUGUAAACCAGGAUUUGGUGUGGAUCAAUUACGUGAUGAUAACCUGGAAACAUACUGGCAGUCAGAUGGAUCUCAGCCUCAUCUUGUAAACAUUCAAUUCAGACGAAAAACAACUGUGAAAACCUUGUGUAUUUAUGCUGACUACAAAUCUGAUGAAAGCUAUACACCAAGCAAGGUCUCCGUCAGAGUUGGAAACAACUUUCAUGAUCUUAAAGAAAUGCGGCAAUUGGAACUAGUGGAGCCCAGCGGCUGGAUUCAUGUUCCACUCACUGAUAUCAACAAGAAGCCAAUCCGUACGUUUAUGAUACAGAUUGCUGUACUAGCCAACCAUCAGAAUGGACGAGACACACACAUGAGGCAGAUUAAAGUCUACACACCAGUGGAAGAAAGUUCAAUUGGUAAAUUUCCUAGAUGUACCACUAUAGACUUCAUGAUGUAUCGCUGCAUCAGAUGAACAUUAAAUCAAAUGUUUUAUGAACAUUCUCUCAUGGCUAAAUCAGUAGUCUCUUUUUCUUAAUCAGCAAUGGUCUUUUUUUAUCAUGAAAAUGUUCUAUAUUGAAUUGUUGCAAAAUAAAAAUGACUUGUCAAACCACA